AUGGCGACGGUAGCCUCAACUGAGUCUGCUACAGCCGCUCAAAUACAGGAUUUACCCACUGUCGUAAUUGUCCAAGGCUCCUUUCAGAUCCCUAAAGUUUAUGAAAAAUUAGUGCGAGGGCUUGUGGCUCAAGGAUAUCCUACGAUUCAUCCCCAGCUCCCAAGUUGCAGCAAUACAGACAGCACACUUUUUCCACAGCUCUCACUCGUCGACGACGCAUUAGCCAUCCGCACCGAGCUCAUUCGCCAGAUUGAAUACGACGGGAAAACCGUGGUGCUGGUUAUGCACUCCUACGGCGGUCUAGUAGGCAGCGAAGCCGCAACAGAAGAGCUCAGCUACGCCAAACGGAAGGCUCAAGGUCUACCAGGAGGCGUCCUCCAUCUCUUCCUUUAUUCUGCGUUCCUUCUCAAUGAGGGCCAGUCCGUAUUAAGCACGUUUGGCGAAUCGCCCAACAAUGACGUCCUAGUGCUGUCUCGCGUAACGUCCCACGAAACUACACGCACAAAUGAGUUCUAA